AAUUGAGAGUGAUACAGAAGGAAACAUAUUAGGGGAACAAUUAAAAACAGAUUUGGAUGAUACUUUUAGUGAAAAUGAUUGGAAAAAUGAUGAGAAAAGUGAUUGGGAAAGUGAUACUGAUUUAGAAGUAGAAUAA